UUUAAGGGAGAGCCGCGAGCGUAGCGCGCCAGUUAGCACACGGCCGGUUGCUGUUAGCCUUGCGAACUAGUGUGUUUGUCGGAACGUCACGUUGAAUCGUGUUGUGUCGUGUAUCGCGUCAUUUUACCUCAUCUCGACUCAUUUUAGCUCGUAUCAUCUCAUCUUACGUCAUUCACCUCUUCUCUCCUCACCUCAUCUCACCUCAUCUCAUCUCACCUGUCCUCUCCUCACGUCACAUCACGUCACGUCACAUAUUGUCACGCCGAGUAUAUAAAUAUCGAGUAUCAGUGUCUCUGUAUCUGUGUAUGUGUGUGUGUGUGUGUGUGUGUAUGUGUGUGUGUGUGUGUGUACGCUAUUAUGUAGUGAAUUAAAAAAACAGCAAAAAAAAGAGAAAAAUAGGAAGCAAAAAGCGCGAAACUAUUCGAGCCAAAUAACCACGUGACCCGACCGUUCACCGGAUCGCUGUUUGUCCUUUUGCUUCGUCCUUUCGCGUUUUUAACAGUCUGCCGUGAUAUCUUAUCUGCAAUUGACACGUUUGUAACAUUGUAGUUUCGCUGCAUGUUGAUAACGCAUUUUAUCCGUCGCGGAAUCUCCAUUUUGCAAACGUUCGCAGAUUUUUGUCUUACUUUGCAGAAAAAUUGGAAAAGUUAAAAUUUAUAUAUCACGAAACGUUUCAAUCACUAACUUUCACGCUCGAAAGACAGUCGUGUGAACGCGUAAAUGCAAAAUUAAUCGAUAAGAAUUUACGAAAAGAAUUACAAGUUCUUGUUUCAAUUUGACGACGUUAUGUGAGUGAGAAGGGAACAGACACAUAUGGCAUUACUCGAAUCCAUCGUGCUCCAAGAUCGAGAGAGUUUAACAUUUCGAAAUCUUGGACGGUACAGAUGAGUGUAUCAAAGAGGUACCUCAUGCUACUGUUGCUGUUAGCAUUAGGGUUGACUUUCAUGCAACCGUGUACCGGAAUUUCGCCACGAGAAGGUACAUAUUUCGCACGAUCGACGAACGUUUCAUCCAAAUUCAUCGGAACGUCUUCCAGUCAUAGUAUAUCGGUCAUCAGGAUCUUGUCAGAUGGACGAUUGGAACGAAUCAUUCGGUGGCCCGGAGUCUGCGCCAAAGAGACUGUCGUUAAUUGGGGAGACAGGAAUAUAACGCUGCGACAGGUCUGGCUUGAAGAGCCGAGCAGAAGGCUGCAAUUGAUAUACGCUGGUGAGACUUUGGCCGAUUGCAUCGACGAGAGACUCGUACGGUGGAACGACAGCGAGUGUUUACCUAGCUCGCGCAGCGCCUAUUACUACGAGUACGAUGACGGUGACAAAGUGUCGAUCGAGGUGUUCCAGCUGGACAAGGAGGAGGCCGCUUCGAGGAUACCCCGUGACCUCCUCUGGCUGCUGUCGACGUCGGAGCUCGAUCGUUUGUGCUACCGUGCGAAAAUGCGUGUACGGGGUCAAGUUGUGGAGCAACGUCGACAUAGGAAAUACGCGAGAUCGGCAAACGCUACGACAAACGAUCGAAGUUAUCGGAAGCAAAGCCGGGGCCGGGGCCGGGGCCGGGGCCGGAGCCGGAGUCGGAAUCGGACUCGAAGAGAUCUAUUCAUGAUACCAGGGACGCAAUGGUGCGGCCGCGGUCACCGUGCUACCAAAUACACCAAUCUAGGCGGCUUUGGCGUGGCUGACGCCUGUUGCCGAAAACACGAUACGGCUUGUCCUCUUUUCAUACCGGCAUUCGAAACGCGUUACGGCUUUUUCAACUGGGGAAUUUCGAGCAUGAUGCAUUGCGCCUGCGACGAACGAUUUCGCACGUGUCUGAAGAUGGCUGGCACUGCGUCGGCGGAUUUUAUUGGCAAAAUCUUCUUCGACGUACUUCAAACCAAGUGCUUCGUUUUGAAAACGCAAAAGAUAUGCUUGAAGCGAAAUUGGUGGGGUGAAUGCGCACGUCACGAAUACCGAAAGCAAGCCUACAUACGAGAUAACGUUCCUUACUAAAAUCAAAGACGCGCAUACUGUAUCUUCUUCCGGAGAUGUGUGUCAAUAGUAAUUCUCAGGGAUGUAUUCUAAUUUGUGGCAUACUUGUGAAUAUGUCAAAAAGAUCGAAAGAAGGUCGAAAGAAAAGGUCACGCGACGGCGAUUAUUCAAUCGAGAUGUUGCAUCGUCGAAAAUGCAAUCUUAUAAUGACUGACAAUAUCUUCGCGAUAUCUCCGACAUAUAAGCUCAGAUAAUGCCUACGUAGGUACGUCGAGAGUGCUUUCUUGCACACGCUCUCUCCCUCUUUGUCUUCUUCCUUAUUUCUCCUUUGUCCCGAAACAGAUUCCUAAUACUUUACUUAUUAUUAUACGUGAGAGAAUCAUCGGAGAGAAAGCUGGAACUGACAAAACCUUAGAGUUUGCGAACCAAGUAACGACACUUUGUAAAUAUAUUACAAAACUGAUUUUCGCUUGUACAUUUUCUCUUUCGUUCCUAAUCGCAAAAAAGCGAACGUACAACGUAAGUAUCGAUGAGCCUUAUACGCGUAAUUUAGAAUUGACGUGUGCGUGCGUGCGUGCGUGCGUGCGUGUGUGCACGCGCGCACACAUGUAUGUAACACUUGAAUUUGAUAGAAUUUGUUAACUUUUACACAUCGUUGGUGUACUCUCUAGUUGAACAGUAUCAGCUCCACAUAGUUAUUACAAGAAAUAUCUGUGCUUUUCGUAUCUUUUCACGACGUUUUAUAUCAUAUUAGAGAAACGAUAGAGAAUGGCGACUUGCUCAGGCUCCUGUUUGUUGAUAUACCUCAUACCUAAUUUUUGAACAUGAAAUGAUUGUACAAUGCGUGUGAAACAUAGUCUCGCGGAUAUCGAACAUAUUGAGAAUGUUAUAAAAACGGCAUAAAAUGUCGGCAUAAAAUGUCCGAUGAUAAAUUACUAUUACUUAAUGUAUUUACACUUACCAAGCAAGUCUCAUAUAGAACAAAAUUUAGACGAAUACAAU